UGGAAAUCGAAGAAAGAUUGAGAAGUAUGAACCUUCAAAGAACAGAUCUUGAACUUAGGAUAGCUCAAAGGCCUAAUCUUGGAAAAGCAGGCCAGAGAGUCAAACUGAGAACUAAUUACCUUAAAGUCAAGAGAUUUCCAGACAUUUCAAUACAUCAAUACAGCUUCGAUGUUUCUCCAAAGGUUAAUAAACAAACCAUUUAUGAGAUUUAUUCAACCAUCGCUGAUAAGAAUGGUUUCGAAAAUUUCUUUGCCGUGUUUGAUGGAAAUUCCUCGAUUUAUUCGGCCUUGCCUUUAACAAAUGAUCGAAAAGGAAAUAAUUUCACGCAGAUUACCAUACAAACAAGAAGGAAGUCAUAUGAAGUUACAAUUAAAUUUAUACAAUGCUUAGGCCUUGAUCAACUAAGGAAUUACAUUUCAAACCAAGGACCAAUAACUAGUUCGGUUAUUUUGUGUUUAGCGGCAUUGAAUUCGUAUAUCAACUUUAAAACUCGUCAGAAAUACCUUACGGCCGGAAAAGGUAUUUAUCCUCCCAAUAAUCAAACAAUAACCUUAUCAGGAGGCGUUGAAUUGAAGCAAGGAUUUUAUCAAUCAUUACGUCCUGGAUGGGGCGAAUUGUAUAUUAAUGUUGAUAUUUGCGCAGCAAUUUUUUUCCCUUCUGGUGCUUUAAUUGAGGUGAUAGGCAAACAUGUGUUGAAACGUAAUGCACAAGAACUGCAUGCUCAAGGAGUGAAUGAUCGUGAUAUAAAUGUUUUGUCAUGGUACCUAAAAAAUGUAAAAGUCGAAGCGAUACACUGUCGCAAUCGAAAUUCUGUGUAUAAAAUUCGACGCGUCACAACAGAGCCGGCGGAUAAACUUAUGUUCCGUAACGAAAGGGAGAAUAGAGAUAUGUCUGUUGCCGAAUAUUUUUAUAAUACAUAUAAAAUUAAACUAGUAUUCCCAAAUCUACCAUGCGUGCUCGUUAAUCGGAACGUUUUCUUUCCCAUUGAACUCUGUUAUGUCCUGCCAAAUCAACGCUUCGAAGGUCGAUUGACAGACGUUACGCUCGCCGAUAUGAUCAGACACACAUGUGUAAAGCCUCAAGAAAGAUUUCGACGAAUCUCGAAUGCUAUAUCAGACAUUUAUCAACACGAUAAAGAUUCACACCUUGAGUCCAUCGGCAUGGAAGUUGACUGCAGCAACAUGGUGGCCCUUAAUGGACGUGUACUUAAUCCUCCUCGUUUGACUUACAAUGAAAAAAGUCAACAAUCAGAAUUUACUCCUGAAAAUGGACGUUGGAAUAUUAUGAAUAAAGUCGUUUGUCAGGGUGCUACUUUAAUAAAUUGGGCGGUGGUUAUUUUUGCUCGAGAGCGUUUUGCUCCGCAACAAUUAGUGAGAACUUUCAUGAAACGAUUUCGUGAAAUGGCCAAUCAAAAAGGAAUGAACAUUUCGAGUGAUCCUUACGUGAUGUAUUCUAAUCCUCAUGGUGACAUUGCUACGGCAUUGAGCGUUGCAUGUCACAAAUCACUAAUUAACAAGGAUUAUCCACCACAUAUCAUUAUGUGUAUUUUGGGAGAAUCGGGACCAUUAUAUGGGGAAAUUAAAAGGAUUGGAGAUACACAAUUAGGUAUUCCAACUCAAUGCGUUUUACUCAAAUUGUUAGCAAAAACAGGUGGAAUGGAUCAAAUUUGUGCAAACAUUACAUUAAAAGUGAAUGCAAAGUUGGGUGGAAGAAACGUAAUGUUAUCCAAUGAUCAGAUUAGUUUUGUAUCUUCAGAACCGACGAUGAUAUUCGGUGCUGAUGUUUUUCAUUCUGGUAGAGAGGAUCAUAGACCAAGUAUUGCAGCUGUUUGCGCUACAAUGGAUUCCAAAGCUACAAAAUAUUCUGGAAGGUUUAGUGUUAACAAGGAUCCUCGAAAUGAAAUCAUCGAAGACCUCAAAGGAAUAGUAAUUGAUUUACUUCGCGUAUUUUACCUGAAAAAUCAAGAUUUGCCGAGAAAAAUUUUGUUUUAUCGGGAUGGAGUUGGUGAGAAUCAAUUUCAAGACGUAUUAAACUACGAAGUAAAAGCGCUUAAAGAGGUCUUUGCUAGUAUUUACAGGAAUUCCGGACCUAAAUUAACAUUUAUCAUAGUUCAAAAAAGACAUCAUACUAGAUUUAUGCCAACCGAACCACACGAUGGAGAUAAAUUAGGGAAUUGUCGUCCGGGGACGGUUGUUGACACAACAAUCCUUGUUCAACAAGGGUUCGAUUUCUACUUACAAUCUCAUUCCAGCAUGCAAGGAACAUCCCGUCCAAUUCGUUAUAACGUUCUUUAUGAUGAAAAUAAUUUCUCUGCUGACGGAAUUCAAACAUUAACCUACCGAUUAUGUUAUCUAUCCGCUAGGUGUACGUUUUCAAUUUCUCUGGUUCCACCAGUUUAUUACGCUCAUCUAAUUGCUAAUCGCGCGAAACAUUAUUAUCGUUGGGAAGGAGAGAGAGGAUCAGAUGACAGCAGAGAAAGCGGAAUUAGUAUGGGAUCAAUUGAAGAAGUCAAGAAUGGAUUGGCCGAUGCGAUGUUUUUCGUUUAA